AUGAGGAAUAACGGAUGCACACCUACUCACUCGGAUCUUUGCCUCUUCAUGUAUAGAGACGGGCUAACGUUUGUCCUAAUCUAUGCCGACGAUUUGAUUGUCGUCACCAAGGACCAACGCAGAGAGAAGCAGUUCAUCGACGCCGUCUUCAAGAGCUUUAAACUCAAGAACCUUGGCCAAGUCAGCUAUUGUCUGGCACCUACAACCCUGCGCCUACUCCUCCAUGAUCCUACUUUCGACGUGGAUGACACCAACGAGGAGCGGCCUUACCAAGAACUCAUCGAAGCUCUGAUGCACCUGGCUGUGGUAACUCGGUUCGACAUUGCCAACGCAGUUAGUGUACUCAGUCAAUUCAACAAAAACCAGUUCAAUGCACACUGGAUUGUUGCCCGUAUUCUGUGGUAUCUCCGAGGAACCAUCUGGGUUUGGGCCAACUGCACCAAGGACCGCAGGUCCUACACCGGCUACUGUUUCUUGCUCUCCGGAGCAGGCGGAACUUGGGAGGUCCUAUCUUAA